AUCGCCCCUCGCUGCCCGCCGUCGCAGCCCACGCACGCAGCCAGCACCGGAGGGAAAAAUAGCCGUCACCCAGCCGCCCCCUCGCUCGGGGUCAGUUGUAAGAGCCUCCGUUUCCGCUGCUUGGCUCUGGCGCGGCGCACGUGUUCACAUUCCAAAACGCAACGCGCCGCCAGUCAGCCCCCGAGUCGCGCAGCGUGCUGACCUCCGCUUGAGCGCUGUGUUCUGUGUCUGCGUGCGCCAUGUCGCGCUUGAAGGAUGUCUACGGAGACCUGCGCAAGGAAAUGACGGCGACGUUUGACCGCACGGACGUCGUGUCCGUCGUGAGCGGCGGCAAGGCCGGCUACGCCAACCUCAAGCACCUCAACGUGGGCUCGCCCGGCAGCGACGUCAGCGACCUCGGAGACACCGCCGACCUGGAGGAGCUGCUGGCCCAAGGAUCCAGCCAAGGGCCGCAGACGCAUCCUGGUAUUAUUUGCUGCGCCAUCUUCUCGUUUUCCGGCUUCUUUUUGCUGCUCAUUGUGGGCUGCAUCGUGAGCAGCAACUCGCUAUACAUCAAGGUGCGACCGCCCGAGGGCAAGCCCAAGUCGUCGCUGGCGACGAGCAUUUUCCUGGCGGCGUUCCUGUACCUGUGUGUCUUCGGCACCAGCAUCAUGUACUUCCUCCGCGCACGACGCGCGCAGAAGGUGUAUCAGCUCUCGCUCGACGUCCACGCCGAUUAA